GCGCAGAGCCUUUGUGUACGAGAGAAAGCGAACAGUCGGCUCAUCGAUUAUAUAGUCUCGCCUGAGUGAAGGCCUGAGUUCGCAAAAUCGAGCAUGAAAAGAUUGGUGCCAAGAAGCUGUCUACCAUCCAGCUUUAGCUUGAGUAACCUAUUUGCACAGAAGGAUGUUUCCCACAGGCAUAAGCUCGACUGUCAGCCAGCUGUGCAAAUCGAGAUUUCUAGAAGAUAAGCUUUUGAAAUUGGCGAGAACUUGCCCAAAGCAAAAGGUGCAGACUCAGUUGAGGACAUGCAGACAGCUGUUGCAGUGGAUGGUUGACUCAAUUUAUUCUGCAGUUUUGUGCGACCGAAGGCUGAAUUUACAAAAUCUAGCAUGAAAAGAUUGGUGCACAGAACUGUCUACUCUGCAGCCGUAGCUUGAGGGACCUACGUGCACAGAAGAACGUUUUCCACAGGCAGAAGCUUUACCAUCAGCCAGCUGUACAAAUCGAGAUUCCCAGAAGAGAAAACUUUUGAAUUUUGCAAAAAAGGAUCAAAACCAAAGAGUGCAGACUCAGUUCAGGCCAAAUAGCUUGCGGGAAAUGCCAGGAGAGCCAUUCAGCAACUGUUUGCUGCAGUAUUUUGUACAGAAUUUGGACAACGAUGUGCAUGUUUGCAUGUCUUAAUGCUUAAUCAUAGCUUGAACGUUUUCAGGGCGGUGCCUGUAGAGAGGAACAUCUGAUGCCAAAAGCACGUUGCCGGGGUUUGGCGCAGGUCUGACAGGUUCCAAGACGUGAUGGUCUAAGGCCUCACACGGUGACACCCGUGACAGCUUAAACACCAACCAUGGGUGUGGCAGGUUGGGCGUCGGCUGUGGUCCCCACCAUCACCCACCAAAGGCUCAAACCUUUCACCCUGUGUGUACAAUGAGGGCCGCCAAGCCUUCCACUUUAGAGACCUGUGAUUGCUCUGUUCUUACCAUCCCUCAGACCUGAAGGGGCCACAAUUGAGACGCUGCGGCAGCAUUGAGAGAUAGUGACAGAUGGAAGGAGCAGAGCCAGCUCACCAGAGGUCCCUGUUUUCCGAGUCUGACACGUUCUUUGCUGUUUGAGGCCCAUCCUGAAGAACCGAUGCACGGCAUACAGUUUUGGCAUGUCAUCUCAACCAGCUCCCUGGCUUGCACCGUUGUGGUUGCAAGAUCUCUGACCAGUUAGUUGGAUCGCCUUCCACUCGAAUCGUGAUAUGAUCUCCAGCUAUUCUCAUGGUAUGAGACAGAUGAACAAGUUUAGGUCAACCUGGAUGGAGCCUAAAGUGAUCCGCAGUAUCUCGGAUGCUGCUUUAAGCAUGGCAAGCUCUGCGUUGUCCAGCGUCGGCGGGAGUUGCCACACCAAAGGGAAGCAUGCUCAAGUUGACCCAUAUUUUGAUAUCCCGAUACGAUUGCUGCCUCGUUACAUCACGGUAGGGAAGGGGAUCCGCGCAGUUUCCGGCGGAAACUCCGCUCUCCAGAGAGGGAAGCCAGCUAAGCCCAAGUCUUCUUUCUACCACUUGGAGAGGAAGGAUUGAAGCUCGGCGAGUGGGAUAUCUUUCCUCGGCUCUCCCAUUUCGCCAAAGGCGAGACAAGGAAGUGUAAGAAGAAGACAAGAUCUUUGCCAUGCAGUCAGAAGUCCGUGUGUGCAAGCCAUCCAUUGCAAAGCGGGCCCUUCUGCUUCUGCGAUUGAAGAGUUCAACACGUAGCACGAGUAGCAAUGCCGACAGUAUGAUGAGGACUGCGGCGGAGUGGGUGUGCGCUGUGUCUCUUCUCCUUGUCCUGCUUGAAGAUUACUGUAACAAACAUAUCUUUCAGAAAACAGAAAUUGUCACAACUGAUUAGGUGAUCUUCGG